AUGUCGCAACAACCGCUAUCUUCAUCGGUGCAGCCGACCGACAUCUACGGAGGAGAUGAGGUCUCCGCUCUGGUUCUCGACCCAGGCUACUGCAGUACCCGUGCCGGCUUCGCGGGCGAAGAUGUACCCAAGUCUGUCUUCCCGUCUUUCUACGGUCGCGUCGGCUCCAAUGACCCCCCGACCAACGUCUUCGGCGACGAAUGCCUGAUCCCCCGUGCCGACCUCGAAGUUCGCAACUACAUGAACAAGGACAGCGUCGUCGAGGAUUGGGAUGUCGCCAACAAGCUGUGGGAGCACAUGCUCAUCACACGCCUCCAGCCCCCGCGCCCCACGGCCCCCUCCAAGAAUGGCCUGAACGACGACCCUAAGACGGAGGUCGAGGGUGCCGAGGCUAACGGCGAUGUCGACGUUGCCAUGGAGGACGCUGAAUCUCAAGAGAAGGCCCUGCAGGAGAACCCGCUUCUGAUGACUGAGGCCCCGUGGAACAAUGCUAAGUCCAGGGAGAAGGCCAUUGAGAUUAUCAUGGAGAACUGGGGUUGCCCUGCCUUUUGGCUGAGUCGGACGCCCGUCCUGGCUGCUUUCGCCGCCGGCAAGGCGAGCGCCCUCGUCAUCGACGUUGGCGGAGCCAACACGUCCGUCACAGCCAUUCAUGAUGGCAUGGUCCUUAAGAGAUCUAUCCAGAAAUCACCUGUCGGCGGCCUGUGGCUGUCGUCGCAGAUCCGUAGCCUGUGGGAGACCUCAGAGCCCAAGAUCGACCCCAUUCCCACUUUCCUCGUCGAGAGUAAGACUCCCGUCGAUGCUGGUGCCCCGGCCCAGUUCAAGCAGCGCCAGUUCCCCUUCUCCAUCACUGAGUCUUUCCGCGCGUAUGAGGACGAGCGGCUCCUGACCGAGUUCAAGGAGUCCGUUGUCGAGACCUGGCGUGGUCCUGGCAAGUAUGCGGUGCCUCAGAACGAGGAGCUCGCCAAGAUGCAGCCCGGCCGCGUCUUUGAGUUCCCUAAUGGCGCCAAUCAGAUGUGGCGCGAGCAGCGGUACAAGGUGUCAGAGGGCAUGUGGGAUGAGACAGCGGCGUUCCCGACUGCUAAUGAGGAAUUGCGCCUUAACAAGAGCCAGACAAUCCCGGAGCUGAUCCGCGCGGCUCUCAAUGCUGUUGACGUCGACCUGCGGCCUAACCUGCUUGGCAACAUCGUCGUCACGGGCAGCACCAGCUUGUUGAACGGCUUCAACGACCGCUUGAACAACGAGCUCACGGCCAUGUACCCCGGCCUCAAGAUCAAGAUCCACGCCGCGGGUCUGUCGAGCGAACGUCGCUUCGGCGCCUGGAUCGGUGGCAGCAUUCUGGCCAGCUUGGGCACCUUCCACCAGAUGUGGAUCUCGCGGAAGGAGUACGAGGAGAACGGUGUCAGCAUUGUCGAGAAGCGCUGCAAGUAA